AUGUCGGGCUCUGAGAACGUCGGAUAUGGCAACAGACGAUCAGCAUCGCAAGCACAAGGAAAUACACGAACUCAAAGAAUAAAUCAAUUGCUGAAUCAACCUCGACCUAGGACCUCUCUUCCUUUCCAACAGGUUCCAGGUCUUUCCACAGCAGAGCAAAAGAUUCGAGACGAUGCCAUUCAAAGCUUAGACUUGCCAAAAGCACCGCAAAACCUAUCUGGAGAGGAAAUGGUAAAGGCGAAUUAUUUCAAAGUGACUAUUUCAAACAAAGUGGAUAUCCGCAAAUACAGAAUCUCGUUAGGCCAAGUUAGAGGACGACCUGUAAAGAAGCGAGAGAGCAUCAGAGCCUUAAUUGAGAAUAUCUUGAACACGCAGCAUAAGCCUCGAAACACCUGGUGGACAUCAGAUUACCACUCGUAUAUCAUUGCGACUAGUAAGCUUUACGACGAAUGCUCGGACGCAAUUGGCUCCGCCAUUUCUAUCACACACACGCGAAGCAUCAGGCCUGAUGAACUACCGGAAGCAAUGAUUAUGAAGAGCACUCUUUUUUUCGAAGGUUUCUUACAAAGGGAUUCUCUUAUCGAUUAUACAAACACAUCAGAUCCUCCGUCUCAACGUCUAUCGAACAUGAAUCUUUCAAAGCCGAGCGAAGAGUACUUGCCUCUUGAAGACUUAAGGAUACUGAAUCUCAUUUCAUGGGAAUCGAUAAAUUGUUCCACAUUUAAGGGAGGCCGAGUUGGGAAGAAGUUCUAUCCUACUGAUAAUAAUCCCCCUGAAAAGAUUCUCAAUGAAUCCAACAAGAGGUUUUCAACCCGAAACCAUGUCUAUGAUGUACGUAUGGGCUUCUUCACCUCAAUGCACCCUGGUAUGGACUCUGUGCUUCUCAAUGUUAGUACUACUACUACAGCUUUUCUUCCUCCCAUCUCACUGCAAACUUGGCUCGAUGCGCGCUGGGGACACUUGCCGUCUUACAGGGGAAUCCCUCUUGCACGUGAGAAGCAUGAAAUCAAAGGUGUCCACGUAACUUUCGAUUUAGACGAUGUUCCUAACCGAAUUUUGGUCAUAUCCGAUGUGAAUCAUCUGUGCGUUAAGGGAGUAAAAUGGGAAGUGGUAUCGGGAAAAGAUCCCUCAAAAACGGUCUGGCAACACAUGAAGAAUGUCCACACUGGUCACACCAUGGUAUUUGAUGAGAAUGCUUCUUGUAUCAAUGUCGGCAAUACAUCUUAUCCAAAAUGGUUGCCCGCAGACCAUCUACACAUAUGCGAGUGGCAAACAGCUCAAUGGAAGCUGGAUAAUCUCUUCACGGCACAAAUGUUGAAAUUCGCCAAGAAAACACUACUACAGAACCAACGAGAGAUCAUCAGAAAAGCACUCAUCCCACUGGGCAUGAAAAACCCCGAUCCUAAUUCUGGAAGUAAAAAAUGGGUGUCUCCCUAUGAGGAAUGUGGAAUGAAGGUGGAGGAGAGACUUUUAGAAGUAACCUCGAAGCAUUUGCUUCACCCGUCUUUGACGUAUAAUUCCAAAUGCAACAAGAAGCUCCAAACUGCUUCUUGGAACUUGGUUGGGGUGAAAGGGUUCAAUGUUGGUGAGAAGUAUCCCGAGCUUAAAAUCGUGCAUGUGACUGCAAACGAUUUCAUUGCUCCUGACUCGCCAAAGAAUGAGCAAGUCUUGAGUUUCGCCAAGGCUCUCGCCGUUAAGCUCAAGGAUCAUGGCCUCGGAACGCAGGCUUUCAACGGGAAGUUAGUACCCACCGUCGCCUGGCCUACGAACGAUAAAAACAAAACCUACGAUUCUGUCCAGCGACGAUCUGCUUUCAAUAUUCUUCUCGAUAAAUGUGUGGGGAAAUCCCUACCGAGCCUCCUAAUUGUGGUACUACCUUCCAAAGACGCCACAAUCUACUCUGACGUCAAAUGGUGGGGAGACUGUCAUGCAGGAAUAGCAACAGUCUGUGUUGGGCCACCAGCGGUGAAAUUUCAAAGUGCCGGUCUUCUAAGCAACUUGAGCCUCAAGGUCAAUUUCAAACUUGGUGGUAUCAAUCACGUCAUUGGCAACUCCGAGAACUAUUAUGGAUUCAGAGGGUGCAUUCCAACUCAAACUGAUAAAGUAAAUCGUGUAAUGAUUGUUGGUGCAGAUGUCAGCCAUGCUGGCAAGGGGCCGGACACUGGAUGCCCAUCUAUGGCUGGCAUAGUUGCUUCUUUUGAUAAUAAAUUUUGUCACUACGCUGCGUCGUCUCGAAUUCAGGCAAACAAUGAAGAGUUCAUCUCAGAUCUAGGCGGUAUGCUCAAGGAGAGACUAGCUCACUUUUAUACCCACAAUAAAUGUCUCCCUGCGUAUAUUCUCUUUUAUCGGGACGGCAUGAGCGAGAGCCAAUUUGGCAUGGUUCAUAAACAAGAGCUUCCUCAAAUUCAAGCUGCUUGUGAAGAGUCUGCGGCCAAAUUCGGAAGACCUAAUUUCAAAAAAUUUGUCACGUUAGUAGUUGUGAUAAAACGUCACCAUACGCGUUUCUUUCCACUGGAAUCGAAAGAUCAAACUAAGAAUAUUGCCGGCGGCCUGGUGGUGGAUAAGCAUAUUACAGCCCCUAACCAAAUGAGCUUCUUUCUUCAAAGUCAUGAGUCUCCAUUAGGGACGGCGCGCUCUGCACACUACACCGUCAUCUCCAAUGAAGGCUGCUGGAAAUGGAAGCCUUAG